GAAACAACUUUUUAACAAACUUCAUUCUGAUUUUAAGUAAUUCUUUACAGAGUCAAAUAAUUACUUCCAAAUCUCCCAAGAUGACGAUCACAAACGGUUCCAAGGUUGGAAAGCCAUUUCCUCCCGGUGUUCACGUCCCGAGCUUAACAUGGUUCAAAGACACCCCAGAGCAGGAAAUUGACUGGGAAGUCCAAAAGAAGCAUCUCAGCUUCUUGAUUGAAUCUGGUCUGCAUGGAAUCGUCAUCGCUGGUACGAACGGUGAAGCAGUGACCCUCAGCUCUUUAGAAAAGGCACAACUGGUAAAGACAACAAGGGAACUUGCGGUCCAACUCGGUCGUCCAGAUUUGACUGUCAUCUUGGGCUGUGGCGGAGGAUCAACACAACAAGUCAUAGCAGAGACGAGGUUGGCGAAAGAAUCGGGUGCUGAUUUUGCACUGGUUUUGGUUCCAAGUUAUUUCCAUUUUGCUAUAAAUGAAGAUGCUAUCAUUGCAUUUUUCGACGAGCUUGCAUCUGCGAGUCCCAUCCCGGUUUUGAUCUACAACUUCCCAGGCGUGUCUUCAGGACUUGAUUGCAAUUCAGAGAUCCUCGAGAAAUUGGGCCACCACCCAAAUAUCGUAGGUGUCAAGUUGACGUGCGGUGGCAUUGCGAAGGUAGCUCGUGUUCGGUCUCGAUUUGCACCAGAAACUUUCUGUGCACUGGCUGGACAGAGUGAUUGGUUAUUGCCCGCAAUCUCAUGUGGUGGCACCGGCACCAUUACUGGACUUGCGAAUAUUUAUCCAAGAGCAUGCAUAGAGCUGUACAAUCUUGCUGGGGGUGGAAGCAAAGAAGCAGAGCAAGCUCAAAUUGAUCUCGCAGCUGUAGAAUGGGGAUUUGCGAAGGGCGGAAUCAAUGGGACGAAAUGGGUGGUGGCAAAGUAUUUGGGAUAUCCUGAGGCGAGCUGUCAUACUCGACGUCCAUAUCCGCGAUAUAGCGAUGCGAAGAAGCAGGCAUGGAUUUUGGAGACGAUGAGACCUUUGGAAGCGAAGGAGAAGGCUUUGAAGAAAAUUGCAUGA